UGCGCGUUCUUUUGUUUUUCAUUGAUAUUUUUGUUGUGUGUACUACUUUGUGACGUUUGUUUGUUUCUAAUUGUUAUUUUAUACUUUUAAACUCUCUUUAGUUACUUUACAUUGACACGCCUUUGUGCCAUGUUCUAUUAGCGUGCCACUAAAUGCGAGUUGUAACUGAUCAUUCGAUAUAAUUGGAUAUUAUUGUAGUCAACGUAAUACAAAAUGAUGUCUGUGGAACCGCUGCAGACCGCUCUAAGCUGUAUAAGAACACUUAGAUCUAAUGUCGGAGUCGCAUUUGAGGCUCUUGGUAAUGGCAUACGCUCAGAUCAUGGUGAAGAAGGAAAAGAGACAAAGUUUCUCUUUGAACUUCAAGAUUUGCUGACAGUUGUUAACAAUAAUUUGAGGGAUGUCGAACAGAGUAUUAAUAAUCUUCAACCUCCACACAAUCCAUUUAACCUAGGAAAUUCUGGUUUCUUAAGUCAUGAAUAUGCCCAAGAUCGGCAGGCUUUAUAUAGUCAGCUUGUUCAGAGCUAUAAAUGGACUGAUAAGGUGCACGAGUAUUGCAGCCUGGCGCACGCUCAGUUGUCACAGAAUUCCCUUACCAGAUCGUACACCAAUACAAGUUCGGCUAAAAGAAGAAAAAUCCAAACAAGUAGCCAUAAUGUUCUGCCCAUACAUGUAGAUAAAGUGAUCAAUCAAAUAGAGAGACUUCUUCCUGAAAUGAAUGUCAAUAUCCAACGGCCAUUUGCAUCCAAUGUAAUUCUUCAUGUCUCUGUUGGAAGAGUACUGAAAGCUAUAAUUGCUUUUAAAGGACUUCUAAUUGAAUGGAUUAUUGUUAGAGGCUUUUCAGAGUCCUUAGAUUUAUGGACUGAAUCCCGCUUUAAGGUCUUUCGGAAAGUAACUGAAAAUGCUCAUGCAGCAGUAAUGCGCUUCUACAUGCCUACUAUGCCUGAUGUUUCUGUGAAAAACUUUUUGACUUGGCUUCACAGUUUUAACACACUAUUUAGUGAUGCUUGCAAAGGAUGUGGCCUACAUCUACGCAACGCAAUGCCCCCCACUUGGCGAGAAUUCCGUACUUUAGAACCAUACCAUGAAGAAUGUAAGCCCUAAUAUUUACAGGUUACAGAGAUAAAGUUUGUUAAUAAUUCUA